AUGUUUACCAAACCAUUCUUCGCUGAAAGCUUCAUUAAAUCAUACCCAGUUAACGCCAAGAACGAAAAAUUCUAUUGUUUGUCACAGCGGUAGGUAUUAAUGUUGACAAGGCAUCCGAUAGGCAAAUGGUAGGUUUCUCUUUUAAUUAAAAACUAAAUACAUAUUUCUGGGGCAAGAACAAUAAUUUUUUUCCUCAAUAACAAUAUUUCUUACAAGCUUACUCAUAUUCACAUUCAAUUUCUUCUUUUCCCUUCCAGACAUUUCCUUUUUGUAUAAUUUUUAUUUUCGUGAAGAGGUGGCAUUUUUAACGUCAACAGGAAAGAUCUAUAGGUUUUUAUGUCAUGUGAAUAAUGAAAAAGGUUUCCUGAUGGGCACAGACUUAGCUUUACGACUUUACUCAACACUGUCGAUGAUUCAUCAUCUCACUGAAACUAAUUCUGCUGAAAAAAAUUAUCCGAAUAAAAAAAUCGAUCGCUGGUUUGCUAGAUGAGAAAAAAAAGGUGUCGACGGGGGAAACAUGUAGGUAAGUCAGGGUUGGCAGGAUUUUUUUAAUCGUUAUUUUCCUAGAAUAUUUGCAUAGUGGCAGGUGCCCUGGAAUAAGAGACACGAACUAG